AUGACGGGCUCGAGCUACGGUGGGGAGGUACUGUACGGUUGCUGUUGCGGGGAGAGGGUGAGGGGUGGUGGUGGUAUCGAUUGCCGGAUACGUUCUCAUCGAUUCUUACACCCGUCAGCUCUUAUUACUCUCGACGCUUACUAUCAUCGAACCUUUUUGAGUCAUGAACGUUUGGUAGAUUGCUCUGGGAUAUGUUUUGGUCCGAUUUUCGAAUUCCUAAAUUCUCCAUCCGGCCAUGCCAUUCGGAAAGUAUUUAUCACCAUCCAAGUAUCGUGCGAUACCUACUGCGAUUGGAGGUUUAAAGAGCGUUAUAGAAGACAGACAUCAGACAUCAGACAUCGAUAG